AUGAUGGAAUCUUCCACGGGGCGCCCCAACCAGAUGUCGUCUUCAAAGAACGAACUUCUUCUUGCAGGGCAUCAUUCGGAACGACUACUUUUUAUACCGCAGUUCCAUCUAGGAAUCUCAGCGGGAAAACAGAUGUGGCUCCUCUACUUGGCGUUGACGGUGAGCUGCGCUGGUUUCUCCUCAGAGCAGGCACAUGUACCCGAGAACACCUUCGAGACGUGUACAACGAAGCUGGACCGAGGCGAUGCGUGUUGUGCUAUGCCGAACAAUUCGAUCCGAUUCUUUUUCGAUCCCGAACUUGAGCGGUGCUUCACGUAUCUCUACGAAGGAUGCGGUGGUGGAAGAAAUACAUUCUAUACAGAAUCCCAAUGCAGAAAUACCUGUAUUCCAGCUGACAAGUUUACCUGCGGAGGAAACAAGAAACCAACAGGAACCUGUAGCGAUAGGGACAUGAGAUGUCCGUUUGGUAGCACUUGUGUGAUAGGAGCACUAGGAGUGGGACUAUGCUGUGACAGUGCUAAUGAAAGGCAAUGGGAGUAUGAAAUUCGCCAACCACCCUGUCGUAUAGGUAAAAUACUAAAACGAACUGUAUCUCACGGUGAGGAGGUGUGGAUUGGUAAAAGCUGUGCUCACAGAUUCUGCCCAUACGGCUACGAAUGCGUGCAAGGAAGACGUGUAGCGCACUGUUGUGGCCCAGUACCAAAUUUCAAAGAAAGAUUGUACAUAGAAGACGAUAGCUUCAUUAAGCGUAACACAUAUUCAAGACCAAGGAAAGCUCGCCAUGUUCCACAGAUGAGGCUGCCAGUCGGCCAAUUGGACGAAUAUCGUCGACGAUAUUAUAACAAACUCUAG